GCUCCAGCCGUAGCCAUUUUGGCUCAAGCCAUUUUGGCUCAAGGCACGCCGGCUCGAGUUUUUUCGUCUGCGCCUCUCCUGCACGAUCGGUCCCUCGUCGGUCGUCGGUCCCACGCCGCGAUGCCCGCCCGCCGCGCCCCGCUGCUCGCGGUCGUCCUGCUCGGCGCCGCCGCCGCGGCGGCGCUCUGCGGCGCGGGGGCGUUCUGCGGCGGCGGGCGCGCGCCGCAGGCCGCCGCUCUGCGGCAGGGCCCGUCGGCCAGGGCGGCUCUGCCCGUGGAGUCCAUGGCGGAUGCCUCGUCGAUCGUGACCGCGCUGCAGAUCCAGCAGCCGGCUUGGGCAGCCAACUUGGUCCUCGUGAUCGUUCCGAUCAGCAUCCUCAUCAUAAUAUACCUCCAGUCGGAGAAGACGCUGCAGGAGAGGGACGCCGUGAUCGGCAAGCAGAGGCUGUGAGUUCGGCAGCGUACCUCGGAGGUGAUCGAGCGAGGCGCUCCUGGCAGUGCAGCUGUGGCGUUACAACUCUGCGGCUGACGCGUCUGAUUUUUGAGAGAGGAAAUGGCGAUCCUUCUGGUAUAGUCGGUUGUGGAGCGCUGUGCACUACGUCACAUGUGCGCCCCAUGACAAAAAAACAACAACAA